UGGCCGACUUCGAUAGACAGAAAGUUGCUACUGAGUUACGAAAAUUCAGGAAAAAGCUACGGCAAAUUGAAAAAUUAGAAGACUUAGAGCGAGAAUUAACGGAAGAAGAAUAUCUUAAGAAGGAUUUACUCGCUGGUCUGUUCGGUUGAAGUUGCAGGAGCCAAAAAGUUAAAGUGUAGGACUUAAGAUUUAAAGCUUUGUACAAAAGAUGAAAUACGCUCUAAAGUGCAGCAAUUGGUAGCAAGGGAAGACAAACUGAAUUUGGAAAUACAAAGAAUGGAAAAUCAAACAAAAGAAGAUGAACCAGCUCUGUUGAUUCAGCAAGAAAUAGAAGAGGAAGUAACUACCACCACUUUUUUCGCAUCUGAUGUUGAAGGAGCAGAACAAAAAGUUAUCAGUCAAAGUGCGCAGGAUGAAAAUAAACCUAAUCAAAGCAAGAGUACAAGUACUAAUCAAGGUGCUGUUCAGGGCAAGGUGCCUGAUACUCCUCUGGCAAAUACAAAAACUUGCAUAUUGCAGUCACCAUCCUUAAACAGUGAUAUGAAGUUUUAUGUGAGAUCUUUAGAAGGUCACAAUGAUGCGAUAUGUUGUGUUCACUGUGAGGGUUCAGUUCUUGUGUCUGGAAGUCGCGACACCAUGCUAAAGUUGUGGAAUGCUGACACAGGGAAAGAGGUGAAGAGCUUGGGAGGUCAUACUGGCUCUAUAACAUCAGUUUUCCUUCUGCCGAAAAGGGAUAUAUCCUCAUGCGAAGUGUCUUCCAGUUUUCGACCUGAUCAGUACUCUGUUGUCACGGGCUCAAAAGAUUGCUCCAUGAAGAUCUGGUCUCUCUCAAACGGUCAGAUAGAGCGAUCCAUGUAUGCCUUUUCACCUGUUGAAUGCCUCGACUGUCGCCGUAAUCUAACAGCGGCUGGACUAGAUGGCGGUAAAGUUGAGCUGUGGGACCUUGAGACCGGAAAUGCUGUGAGAUCUGUGCGUGGUCACGAUGAAGAUGCCGUCACGGCCAUCAAGUUCCAGGACGACCGUGUGAUUAGUGGCUCGGCCAGUGGAGUGGUGAAAGUCUGGGACGUGAGAGACAAUUCUCUUAAGCCUGUCAUGAGCUCGGACCAGGCUCCUGUGGGCCAAACUACCGCGGGUGUGACCGUCAAACCCAGAAGGGUGCGUUGCUUGGCAACAACAGAGGAAACAAUUUACUGGGGAGAUGAUGGAGUUAACAUGAAGGCAAUGGACUUGAAAUCAGGUAAACUCCGAAAGAUUCGUAAUCACGUAACAGAAUUCGGGUCGACAGGUGCCAUGGAAACGACGGAUUCGUGUCUUGUUAGCGCUGGUUACGACCUGGACCGUGGGAAUGGAUACUUGAAUGUUCGCAGUUUACCCUCAGAGGAAUAUGUAGCAACCGUAGACGACAGAAACACCGGAAGCAUCACGUGCCUAUCAUGCACGCAGACAGCGCGCGAUCACGUGACCCUUCACAGGAUGUGCACGGGAGGAGUGGAGCUGAAACUUUGGGAUCAGUUGCCGAGUUCAAAGGUCAAGAAACGAUCGAGACCGGAAACAGAGGACUGCUACGUCACAGCUAAGCAUAUCCGGCGCUUCAGUUUCCCGGAUUUUAGUGACACGGAGAGCAGCGAGGAUGAGGACGACAUACCGGCAGGCGACGAAUCCGAUGACGACGAUGACGUCAGCACGACCGGAAGUUCGUCACGAUCUUGGUGCACAAUAUCCUAGGCAAAAAACUAGGUGUAGCAGACAUCAAAUAUCAUGAUGCAUUUCGCACGUGCAAACGAGUGCAGCCGGCUGAGGCGUCCUCCGCCCAAAGAUAAUGGAUAUGUCAGUUGAAUGAAUCGAGGCAUUCUUGCGAUCGUCGAGAGGCAGUUUUGAUCCACAAAUGUCUCUCAAGGCUCUACCUUGCGUGGUGUUAGGAUACGCAGUGAUAAAUGGGAGAAUUUUAAGGAAAUAAGGAAUGAUCGACCUUGGAUGAAAGGUUUUCAAUAUCCAAAAUUGCUCCGUUUUUACUUAUAUUUCUUCUUGUUUUCCAUGGUAUUUUAACACACAAACAAUAGACGUUACAGUCGUACCGUUGUUGUGGAAGCUAUUCAUCAUGGGAUGGUACUAACUUUUUAUUCGCUGUCUUUUUUGGACAGACAAAUGUUAUAAACGCCAAGUGUUUUUUAUUGA